GGUUCCCAUGGCGACGGGGAGCCAGGCCCGGGCACCGAGGAGCGAUGUCCAAGGCCAGUGAUACUUUAUGGGAUCUUGCUAUAGCUGAAGUGGAGAAGAGAGAAAACCCGGAUGAUGAUGGCAAGCGUGUGGAAGUUUGGGAAAAAUCAAUAUUAUUUAUGGGAAACAAAAAUGGGGGAAAGACCACUAUUAUACUGAGGUGUCUGGAGAGGGAAGAGAUUCCAAAGCCAACAUUAGCCUUGGAGUAUACUUUUGGAAGAAGGGCCAGGAGACACAAUACACCUAAAGAUGUAGCUCAUUUUUGGGAACUAGGUGGUGGAACCUCAUUACUGGAACUGAUUCGAAUACCAAUCACUAGCAACAAUAUAAGGUCAUUUGCUGUAGUUCUUGUAUUGGAUCUGUCCAAACCUAACGAACUCUGGACUACUAUGGAGAAACUUCUGCAGGUCACCAGGAACCACGUGAACAAAAUUUUAACCAAACUAGAAAAGACAAAUCCUGAAGUAGCUACUGAAAUUAAACAAAGGAUGCGGAACAAUCUGCAGAGGGAUCAUCCAGAUUAUGAGUUAGUUGACCCUUUUCCAAUACCCUUGGUGAUAAUUGGAAGCAAAUAUGAUAUUUUUCAUGAAUUUGACUCUGAAAUGAGGAAAAUAAUAAGCAAGACGCUUCGAUUUGUUUCACAUUAUUAUGGAGCAUCAUUAGUGUUUACCAGUAAAUCUGAGGCUCUCCUGCUGAAAGCCCGUGUUCUUAUUAAUCACUUGGCAUUUGGCUAUGAUAAAAGCAAGUCUGUAUCAGUGGAUCACAGCAAACCUCUGUUUAUACCAGCAGGCCUGGAUUCGCUGAGCCAAAUAGGACCACCACCUGCCUCUGAUAGUGAUAUUGGAAAGAUGCGUGCAAACACACCUUUGGAACUGUGGAAAAAAGUAUUUGAGAAAACAUUUCCUCCCAAGAGUUUCUGUGAUUUACAAGAUACCAAGGACCCUGCAGAGGAUUUACAAUAUGCCGAGUAUGAAAUUGAUGUCAUGAGAGCUCAGAAAAACCAGGUGUGUGGUAGUUCUCCAAUUGCUGUUCACAGUCAGGAACUUGAACAAUACAAAAGAAAUGCCUCUAAAUCCUGGAAAGAAAUGGAUUUUGACUCUGACUGAUGAACUGCUGUAGGUGUCUUCAGUUUAACAUUUACAAAAUUAAUCAUUUUAAUAUUACACUAGCAAUUUAGUCUGAGGCAGUAGAUAAUAUACAAUAUUGAACUACAAAAUUAAUAUUUAUUAAGCAUUUCUGUUAUUAUUUUUAAUAAAAAGAGCUGUUUAUUCA